AUGGCCGAUUUGGAUGAUUUCUUUGCCAAAAAGGAUCGCAAAAAAUCAAAAUCCACGAAAAAAUACACCACUACUGAGGAGAUCGCCAAAAAAUUAGAAGACACCGCAAAGAAGACUGAAAAACUGAAGAAAGAGCGUUUCAACGAUGGCGAAGUUAAUGCAAAUAAUGAACAGAAAAAAAUAGCUUGCCAUAUAUUUAAUGUUUGUUUCAUAACAUGGGCUCAAGACGAAUGGAGAGAUUUUGAGGAAGAAAAGAAAGACUACAGCGGUUUGAAAAUAGGAAAUUUGACUGUAACAGCCAACUCCGAAAAUACCACAAACGCUUCGAGCAAAGAAAACACUCAUGAUCAAGAUGAAGAAGAAGAAGAGUCUGGACAGGAGACCGAGACAAAAGCCCCAGGACCUUGGAAGAGCAUCAAUGUGACCUCUGAAGCGGUUGUAGAUGUACCAGUAGAGACUGUGGAAGAAGCAGUACCUGAUCAUGCGAACGUGAAAUCGGGAAGGUACUUGCCUCCUAGUAUGCGGUUCGCUGGCCAGGCUCCAGCUCAAAGUAGAAGUACCAACCGUUCUAAGGCUGCACCUGACAUACACAAUGAGGAAUAUUUUCCAACUUUAUCAAAAAACGAACCGAGAAAAGGUCGAAGUGAAGGACAUUUUGAAUUAGUUCAAUCUAAUAGAUCAACUUCUCAUCGGCAAGCCGAGCAAAAUAAGAUAAGUACAAACCAAGGGCCCAAACUAAGCUUAGGCAACAGAUACAAUGGUCUGAGUAACGAUAGCUGGUGA